GCGACCCGCGCUCUACACGUAAUCUGGUCCACGUGGUGGACGGUCCCCGUCCACAGCCCAUCCAGUAUCUGCACCGCCGGUGCCGACAAGCUGCACCUAAUGACUACUUGACAGUCUCGCCGGCGUCUUUAAGACGAUACCUUUCCUUUCUUCGUAACGAGGGUCGUCUACAUGAGGAUCUUCGGCGCUCGGCUAUGCAGACCGUGGAUGGACGACGUGCACAGCGGGUCUUGAGAGCGGCUCAGCGAGAAAGCGUUGUAAUUCGUCAACUUCCGAGGGUCUCUAACACGUCGAUCUGCAAGCACCCAAUAAUUGGCGCGCAUGUCCUGACGAACUGCUAUCGACACAGCACCUGGCUGCAUGCAAAACUGGGGCUGUGUAAGUGGCGCAUCCGCUUAUUUGCACGCGGGGUUUUAUUCGACCCAAAGGUCGCUCGAGAAGUGGAACACGUGCGUCAGCGUCGUAGCUUCUGCCGUGUCACCCGCUAUCAUUCGUUCGCGCACUUCUACGAAAGCAGAACAGCAUGUAUUCCGUGUCUCGCGCGGCUGUCCAAAAGAGCCCUCCUGUUGGAUUUGCAGCUAGCGUCCACCGCCGGCUGCAAACGCCUCCGAUGCCUAGCCGGCUGGCCGUGUCCUUCAAGCCCCCACUUCGAGCUAGCCCCGCCACAUCGAGGCACGCGCGUCUCUCAAAUGCGGCGGAUCGCGCCCGACGCGUAUGCGCGGCUCUCGCCGACGUUGCUCCGCGCCAGUGAGCACGCAGCCGCCUUGCGUCGGCCUCCUGCGCUAGUCUCGCGAACGCCACGCUGCUUACAUCUACGAGGCUGA